AUGUCUGUUGUUGAGCGCAUAAAGGAAAUCGAGUCCGAAAUGGCACGCACCCAGAAGAAUAAAGCUACGGCGUAUCAUCUCGGCACACUAAAAGCAAAGUUGGCAAAACUACGACGAGAAUUGCUUACGCCUAAGGGCGGCGGCGGAGGCGGCGAAGGUAUGUGUGUUUUGCUUAUUGUAGUGGGCUUUGACGUUGCUAAAACCGGUGUUGCCAGAAUCGGGUUUGUGGGCUUCCCUAGUGUUGGAAAGUCAACACUUAUGAGUAAACUUACGGGAACAUAUUCUGCCGUUGCUGAAUAUGAGUUUACAACGCUCACCACUGUCCCUGGUAUUCUUCAAUAUAAAGGAGCAAAACUGCAAAUUCUCGACCUUCCCGGAAUCAUUGAGGGCGCAAAGGAUGGAAAAGGCCGUGGUCGUCAAGUUAUUGCAGUGGCAAGGACGUGUUCCCUGAUUUACAUUGUGCUUGAUGUUCUGAAGCCCUUAACACAUAAAAAGGUUAUUGAGCGAGAACUAGAGGGAUUUGGAAUUCGUCUUAACAAGCAGCCGCCGAUGAUUAAUAUCAAAAAGCGGGAUCGUGGGGGCAUCUCGGUAACAUCCACUGUAAACCUCACGCAUUUGGAUACCGAGGGUGUGAAGGCCAUCCUUGCAGAGUACCGUAUUUUAAAUGCCGAAGUGAUCUUCAAAUACGAUGCUACAGAGGACGACCUUAUUGAUAUCAUCGAGGGAAAUCGAGUUUACAUUCCCUGUAUUUAUAUUCUCAACAAAAUCGACCAGAUCUCGAUUGAGGAACUUGAUUUGAUUUAUAAAAUUCCGCAUGCGAUCCCAGUUUCCGGGCAUCACGGGUGGAAUUUUGAUGAUCUUCUAGAGAUGUCAUGGGAAUAUUUGGGGCUCAUUAGGAUCUACACAAAGCCGCGGGGACAGCUUCCCGACUAUGCGACCCCGGUUGUUUUGAGAAAAACCGCCUCUACUGUGGAGGAUUUUUGUGCAAGCAUCCACCGAUCCAUAAUCAAUUCAUUCAAGUCUGCUCUUGUAUGGGGCACAUCCGUCAAGUUCAAUCCGCAAAAGGUGGGCAAGGAGCAUCAACUCCAAGACGAGGACGUCGUCCAAAUUUUGAAGAAAAUCUCCGCGUAA